AUGUCCUGCGCCGCCUUCCCUACGCGGACUGCGUGCCUCAGGGCGGCGGCGCUGGGGCCGCCCCGCAGCCUCAUCUGCGUUCGGGCGCAGGACGAAGCGCCCGAUCCCAAUCCGGAUGCCGCCCCCAACUUGGCGACCAAGCCGUCGCCCAAGCAGGUCAGGCGCGGCGCCGGCGGGCGCUCCGCCAGGCCCAGCAGGCUGCGCAAGCGGAACGGGUCGGAAAGAUUGGGCGAUGUGGCCGGGAUUGGGUCGAAGGGGCGCAUGACGGCCAAUGCCAAUGGCCGGCGAGUGGGAGAUAGGGGAACGAGGGGCGGCGCGUCCAGCGGGAAUGGCAGAGGCCAGGGAUCGCCCUCUGUGGCGGAUGCAUCUGGGCUUGGGUUGGAGGUCGGACUAGAGUCCGAGCCGCUGAGCGUGCCCGAGCUGGGUGCCAAGCCGGCGCUCAGGAACGGCGCCAAGGACGCGGGCGGGCAGACGAGGGGAAGGGAGGCGGGUGGGAGCGGGCGGCAGUCGCGCGGUGCGCAGGCCUCGGACCAAGAGGGCGCCAGGAGGCGGGAUGGCGAGAAGAAGAAGCAGUUUGCCAAGCGCGGCGCGCAGGGGAAGGCGUGGGCGGGGCGGGAGGACAGGGAGAAGAAGGGCGCAGGGAGGGGCAGGAGGGAGGCCGAGGGACGCAGGGAGGGGUUCAGAAUGACGGUGGAGAGGCGACGAAAGGCCCGGCAGCAGCGCAAGCUGACCAGGAUGAGCAAGGUCACGGUCGACGAGGGGGAGGACAGGAUCGUGGUCGGGAGCGAGGGGAUGGCCGUCACGGAGCUAGCCAAGCGGCUGGCGAUAUCACCCGCGGAGGUGGUCAAGGCUCUGUUCAUGAAGGGCAUAAUGGUGCAGAUAACGCAGACGCUGGACAGGGACGCGGUGACGGUUGUGGCGACGGAGAAGGGGGUCGAGUUGGUGAACAAGGACGAGGAGGCCGUGGAGAGCAAGGCGGUGAAGACGUCCGAUUUCAUCGAUCUGGAGGACAUUGACCACUUACAAGAGCGGCCGCCGGUGGUGACGGUGAUGGGGCAUGUCGAUCAUGGGAAGACAACGCUGCUGGACUACAUUCGACAAGCUGGGGUUGCUGCGGGAGAGGCUGGUGGCAUUACACAGGCCAUUGGGGCGUACACCUGCACAGUGACUGUCGAUGAUGAAGAAAAGAGAGUGUGUUUUCUGGAUACUCCUGGUCAUGAGGCAUUCAGCGCCAUGCGGGCAAGGGGUGCCCGGGCCACGGACAUUGCGAUUGUCAUUGUGGCAGCCACUGAUGGCGUGCAGCCCCAAACCAAGGAGGCUGUCAAUCAUGCAAAGGCCGCAAAGGUGCCCAUCAUUGUUGCUAUCAACAAGAUGGAUGUUGAAGGCGCCAAUCCUGAUCGUGUAAAGCAGGAGCUUGGAGAGCUGGAGCUGGUUCCAGAAGAGUGGGGUGGUUCCACUCCAAUGGUGGAAAUCAGUGCCAAAACAGGCCAAGGCAUUGAUGAUCUCUUGGAACUGAUAGUGCUGAUGUCGGAAGUGGAGCUUGAACUGCUCGCCAAUCCGGAUAGGUCAGCUGCUGGGAUGGUGAUCGAGGCGCAUCUCGACAGGAAGUCAGGUCCCGCUGCAACAGUUCUUGUGCAGAAUGGCACUCUCCAUGUUGGGGAUGUUGUUGUGUCUGGAGCUUCGUAUGGCAAGGUUCGUUCUCUUCAAGACUGGCAAGGGAGUCGUGUGGAGGAAGCAGGCCCCGCAUCGCCUGUCCAAAUGUUUGGUCUGAAUAGCGUCCCAACAGCUGGUGAUGAAUUUGCUGUCUGCCUGAAUGAAGCUGAGGCCAGAGAACAGGCUCAGAAAGCUGCGGAAGUGCUUCGAGAAGCACACCUGGUAGAACAAUCUGGAGGAGGCAGCAUGGUGACGCUGUCUUCCCUGGCGUCCAUUGAUGAGUCAUUGGAGGGAAUACAGAGGCUAAACAUCCUUCUUAAGGGUGACACGUCUGGCUCUGUGGAGGCUGUGAAAGCUGCCCUGAAUCAAUUGCCUCAAGAUUCAGUUAUGCUCCGAUUCCUUCACACGGGGACUGGUGAUAUCACCGAAUCAGACUUGGACCUGGCACAGGUUGCAGAAGGGAUGGUGGUGGGUUUCAAUGUCCAAGCUGCGGCAAAGAGAAGAGGUGUCGAGGUGCGGACGUACACUGUGAUCUAUGAUUUGCUUGACGACAUUCGUGCUGCCAUGGAGGGCAGACUGUCUCCUGUGGAUGAGAAAGUUCCACUUGGCAAGGCGGAGGUUCGAGCCGUCUUUGGCAGUGGGGACCGUUGUGUGGCAGGCUGUAUGGUGACUGAAGGCAAGGUAUCGAACACAGCCUUGCUUGUCGUGAAGAGGGGCAAGAAGAAAGUAAUGCAUGAAGGGCUUAUCACUUCGUUGCGGAGGGUUAAAGACAACGUCACUGAGGUUUCUGAGGGAGUGGAGUGUGGAAUUGCCUGUGAUUUCAAGGACUGGAAAGAAGGGGAUGUGAUUGAAGCCUUCGAGCUGGUGGCCAAGCGCAUGUCUCUAGAGGAGGCAACCGCAACACCUGCUCUGGACUUGGCAGAAUUUUUGGAAGAGGCUGCAGUGGCGUAA